AUGGAUAAUCUCAUAGAAAUUUCUAACGAAUUUAGAAAAGAAUUGGAAGUUUUAUUAACGAAUGUCAAGGAACAAGCAAUCAAUUCGUUCUUAAUUACUUGUGACUAUGUAAGAAUUCGAAGAUUUUUCUCAGCCUACGAAUAUUCAGUUGAUUUUUCACUCAUUUUAAGACCCCUCACUAUUACUGGUCAGACUCGUUCCACUGUGGACAAAUAUCCAUCCGUUGACGAUAGAAAUACAACUGAAUUUAAGGAUGAGUUGAUCGUAGCUUUACAAGAUGUAUCACCAUUAACUAACGUCGAUUUUCGGAAGUUGACAAUCACUUAUUUUUGGCUUACAAUCAUGCUUCUCGGAAUGACUAUUGGUGGAGCAUUCGGAACGCUUUUGUCUCCUUUAGUCGCAUUGCUAAUAAACGAUUUCUGUGCUGCACUUAUCGCCUAUAUUAUUUUGCCAUUAUAUAUGUUUUAUGAGUUGGAGGAAGAGGGAGAAAUGGCAAAAGACAAAGAAACAAAAGUCGCAUUUCAUCGUGCACUCCUAGUAUUCGCUAUUCUAGAGGUGGUCUUUUACCUAAAUUUCUUACCACUAAAUGCAGUUAAAACUUCGAUAAUUUCUUUAUUUCUAUUUAUUUUCAGUGAUCGCAAAAGAUUUUUUAAUAUAACACUUGGUAGUGGAAUCUUGGUGAACAUUCUUGUUGGCUUUCCAUUUGGUUUAACAUUCUCCUAUUUUUUAUUGCUUCUUUGCUAUAGCGCAACUGCUUUUGCCACUCUUCAAUUGUAUUUCAGAUAUGCAAACGAACAGGUUCUUUCCUUAUUUCUCAAAAUGUUAUGCUUUUAA